GACCAAAUCUUCAUGUGUAAAAACAUCAUCGAUAGACUUCUUGAUCCUCCUUCCCACUCAGAGCAUAAACGGGCUUAUUUCUGGAUUCAUGCUGCUGGUGGAAUGGCUAUGGAUCGUGCUUCAGAGAUCGCUCUUAAUCUGUGUAAUCGUUUUUACCCUAAUCAACUUGAAAUGUUUAUUUACACCGACACUCUGAAAACUGAAGAGGAGUACAUUCGUGUUACUGCCGACAGUAAAGUAGUUGAAAAAACAGCGCUUACAUUGAAACCAGCCCUCCACAUUCGCCUGGCAGUAACUGCCUCGUUGUCUUCUAGCGGCCCCCGUUCUGUUCAGUUAAGCAUCCCAUCAAACUACUUUACCACCAUCCAUAUCAAAUGA